AUGUGGUCGUCGCGACAUGAUCUGAAGAGGCUCAUUAUCUUGGGCCAAAUAGAUGGCAAACGUGCUUGGGGUAGGGCGCCUGCAAGAUGGUCUGAUGCUGUGAAGGGGCAGUGGGCGGUAGCAUGUAUCGCACUAAUUGGCGAUGUAUCGUACGUCGUCACGAUCCUCAGCAUUGAAGGAUGUAGAAGAAGUGGCAGUGCUUUGAAAACCGUCAGCCUCAUC